AUGUUGGAGUUAGAGAAGACUAGAUCAAGAAUGUUUCCAGAGCAGUUGAAGAUACGGUAUAGCUGGAAGAAUUUUAAGAAAGAGAAAGAAUCUAUGAUGAGAGAAGAUGAAGGGAAUAAGACUCCAGAGGCUGAAAGGCCGAACUUAUCGGAUGACCAAGAUACACCUGGCAAGUUAUAAUCACCAAGAAUAAUAAGCGAAAUGGGUUUGAGAGAUGUUAGGAGAUUUUCGACUGUGGUAAGGUGAGAUUCGUAUACAACUUCUUUCGAUUAUUUAGUUCAGCAUAGACACGGCGAAUUUUUUGUCUUGUCUUUCGAGAAAAGUUCGGUCGCGAGAAAGGUGAAUAGUGCUGUUGCGGUGGCUUCCUAACUUAGUGGAGCGUUUGCUGGUACUGUAAUCGCUAACAAAUUGGAAAGAGAGCUCUUUAGAAGGGAAUACCAUUUUUAAAGGCCAUGGUUUUUUCAGAAUGAGCAUUUACACGCCCCAUUCUAAAUAAUUUAGGAUUUCGGGGUAAAGACAUUGAAAAGGGCUGAAUAACUUCAUUGAUGCGCUUGAUAUCAUCAGAGAUUCUGGCAGUGGGCAGCAGUUGGGAAGAUUCCUAGACCCUAUUAGAUGACGAUAUUGGAUAUGCUUUUUUCGCGCUCAGACAAUUAUUGAAGUAAGUUGGGCACAUGGUUAACAUUAUCACUAGGUGAAAAGUUGGUCCCACUUGAUUCCAUGGUCACCACUCACUUUUUGAGAGAAGCUAGAUCAACAAGGAGUGAGAAAUUUUUAGACCUUAGUUCCCCCAACUGGGAUGUAAGCAGGUCAACAUUAGCUUUCAGCUCAUUGAAUUUAGAGUCGAGAGAAACAGACAAAUUCUUGCAGUGGGUCAAAGUAAAGUUCGGAGAUUUGGUAAUACCAGAAAUGGUACGACGAAAUUCUUCAGCUAAUAGAGGAAGAGAUGCAUUUUCAGUUGCAGGUGCAGAAGAUGUGGACCGAGUGGUAAUCUUAGCGGGAACCUUAGUGUCUGAAGAAUUAGGCGAAUUGACACUCAUAAUAAAAUAG